UCCUUUCCGUGUGGUGGGAUUGGGAACAACGAUGCCUAGCAGAGACGCGCAGUUUUCUAAAGGAAAAAGAAAAGAAAACACAGAACGCGCACCGCGCUGCUGUUCUGGGGAAUCCAUGGAAGCGGCAACGGCGAGCUCGGUGGUAGGAUCGAGGGCCGAGUUCGGGUCCCGCCUAGGGCUCGCGAGGCCUUGGCUCAGACCCAGCGGCGGCCGCGGCGGUCCUCACACCCCUCUCCCGUUUCGCCAUCUGCCAUGGCCGACCUCGCGCCUCGUCCGCAGCAGAGCAGCCCGGGCGCGGAGCGUCGUCGCCGCCGCAAAUCCUCACCAGCAGCAGGCCGGAGUGGGAGGAGGAGAGGCGAUGGAGCCCGAGAGGGGCAGCCCCCACGAGGUGAGGGAGGAGAUUGCGAGGUGCUACGAGCUCGUCCGCCGCCUCGGCCGGGGCGCCGUCUACCUCGGCUCCUCCAGGGUGCCGGCCGCGCACCCCCACUACCGCCAGACCGCCCAGCUCGCGGCGGAGAUAGCCAAGCUGCUGGACUGCACCACAUGGACGGGCGCCGGCCCCGGCCUCAUGGAUGCUGCCACCCAGGGCGCCCUCGAGGCGGGCAAGCCGGUCGGCGGCUUCAAGAUCGGCAAGGAGGCCGGUGAAUGGACAGCCUCGAACUUCCACCCUUACCUGCCCUCGGAGACCUACCUCACCUGCAGGUUCUUCUCGGCAAGGAAGCAUGGCUUAGUGGACGCUGUAGUGCGCAACAGCUCCGCGGACAAAACCGCCAUCGUCGCAUUGCCCGGCGGCAUUGGGACGCUGGAUGAGCUUUUUGAGAUCAUGGCGCUGAUUCAGCUGGAGAGGAUCGGAUCGGCUCUACCGGUCCCGUUAUUGCUGAUGAAUUAUGACUCUUACUACUCCAAACUGCUGGAGUUUCUGAAUGACUGCGAGGACUGGGGCACAGUUGCUCCUGGGGAAGUGGCAUCGCUGUGGAAGAUUUGCAGUGGGAACCACGAAGCCUUGGAGUACUUGGCACAGUUCUACGAUGUGCCUACGGGGGAAAGGAAUUAUGGCAUAUCAUCACCGCCGUCGAAGGUAGACAGGGUUCCUUUCUACACCGUCAGGAGAUGACACAAUCUCUUCUCAAGAAUGUUCUCUCUUCUUUUUUCCCCUUUUGCAGAAUGUCAUCAUUGCAAUAAUUCUCAUUCUGUUAUGGGAAUGUCAGCAAUAAUUUUAUGGACAGUAUCGGUUUCUUUUGUUACAUGUUUGAAUUAGUAAUGCAGGGAUGCGUGCAACAACAAAAAGAGAGCCUCCUUUCCAUUUUACAA